CCGGCUGGGUCUCUAUUUAGGUACGUUUCACGAACGUCCGGCGUCUGGACGACUUCUGGGCACUGAUUUUCCCCAGGUGGGCAGGUCUGUGAGAACGGAGAGGUGUGGGUCUUGCCUCCCACCCCGGCUGAACUUUGGGCAGCCCAGAGAAGGAGGGAAGAAGUUUCGGCGGCCAGGCAGAGCCGGGCUGCUGGAGGCGUCAGGGUUCUCUCCGGUUCCCAGGGAGGCCUGCAGAGCCAGCAGCUGGGCCACGCGGAGAGUGGAAGAUGGGCAGUGAUGAUAGCAAAUAUAAGCAUGAGAAGAAGUUUUUAAACUACGGACUCUAAAACCCAGCAAGGCAGGCACCUGCAGCCCCCAUUGCUCUAACAGUUUUAGUUACCAACGGUCAGCCGUGGUCCAGAAGCCCAUGCUCCUCCCUCUGAUGUACGGUCAGAAGUCAGUAGUAGCCUAACGCUCCAUCACCGUGCCCACGUCAUUCAUCCCACAUCAUCUCAUCACACAGACAUUCUAUCAUCUCACAUCAUCACAAGAAGGAAAAAAAAAAAAAUCCCACUUUGCAAUUGCAUCUGAUCAACAGGAAGCUCUAGUUUUGUGGGAAGAGGACUGCUGUUCCAGAAUCGUCCCACGGAGGCACCCACCAGCUGACCAGGGACAGCCCUCCCAGCUGGCGGAUAAUGCAGGGCAAUAAGAAGUGCACGGAUGGGUUCAGCGACUCCUCAAGCAUCGGCAGCGUGCUGGACGAUGCCGACAGGGAGGUUAGCAGCCUCACAGACCGGGCCUUCCGGAGCUUGUGCAUCUCAGAGGACACAUCCUUCAACGACUCUGACCUGACCAUGUCCCCGGACAUCACCCGCCAGGUGCUGGGGACUUUUCACCAGGGAACGGUAAGCCACACCCACAGGAAAAGCAGCAUCUGGAGCCAGUUACCGUCGCAAGGCACCGAGCAUGCGGGCUGGGCGGCCACGUUCCAACAGCUACCCAAGUACGUUCAAGGGGAGGAGAAGUACCCCAAGAGCAGCCCCCCACUGACACCAGCCCAGAGGAGACUGGAAGUGCCCCUUUCCGGCCUGAGGAGCAGCAGCAAGCCGGCUUCGAAAGUGUCAUCACUAAUUAAAUCUUUUGACAGGACUGAGAGCCAACGUUGUGACAGCAGGCCUCCGACUAGUAAGCCCCCAGCUCUCAAAAAUCCCCCUAAAUUUGCUCCUCUUCCAGAAAGUGGUGUCAACUUCUGCUUCGAUUCUGCAUUUCUGACCGUCAGGAGGGUGCCUGCUGAAGUCUCUAGCGCCCAUCAAAUUAGCCACCAGUCUGGAAGGAAGCAUGGAGAGCAGGAGUCCCCUAAGAAUCCCAAAAUGGCCUGUCAUGGCUCCAGCAGCUUCCUCCCAACACCCGAUAAUGCAGCCAGCUCGUUUGAGUCCAAGUUCCCAUCCCCGCCCCACAAGCCAGCCCAGGGUGAGCCCGGAAGAGGUAAGGAGUGGCCUCGCAAGGGAACCUUUCUUCAUAGUGAAAACAGUGCUUUUGAGUCAUGGAACCCCCACCAACCGAGGCUGCCCGAGAGAAAGGAGGUCGCUGACCCUGUCCCAGAAAGCAAAACUCCCAAGCAUUACGAGGAUGCACCCAUGUUAAGAGAGCCCCCUGCCCCUGAACACAGAGUCUCCCCCUGCCAAGCCCAGGCCAGCUGCAGCCAGGAGGAGAAGAGGUUGGCAGCAGGGGCUGUCACCACAUCUGGACCCUGGGGAGCUAGGGAUCCAGGAGCCCAGGCAUUCGCUGUGGAGGGAAAAGCUUCAAGCUCACAGUCUGACCCUCAGAUGAAGCCGACCCAGGCCCCAUGGAGGAAACCAAAGCCUGGCAAAGGAAGGAAAGAAAGUCUACCAGAUGCUUCGGAAGAGAAGAAGCAGGCCACCAGAAGGGGCCCAGCCUUGUAUACAAAGCACAAUCCCCAGGAUCAAUUUCCAGAAAACGAGGCUCUUGACCUGCCCAUGGACCCCAAUGAGCAUUAUAGUCCUCCUUUUAACAUCAGUAAGCUUCUGACUCCCGUCAUCCCCACCAAGCAUGUCCUGGAGCCAUCCAACAGCCAGCCGGUGGAGAUGACCCCAUCACCCCCAGGACAGCUGAAUGGGUACCAAGAGAAGGAGCCCAGUGAAGGUCAGUCUCGGGACAGCUACAGAUCCAAAGCCCCCAGCCUGCUGUUCAACCUCAAGGACGUGCGGAAGCGUGUGAAGAGCACGUACAGCCCCUCACCACUCCUGAAGGGCCUUGAGGAGAAAAGCAGAGGCAAGCAAGAACCCGUGAGCAAUGGCGUCCUCCUUCCCAAUGGGCUGGAGGAGAGCCCUUCAAAUGAGCUUCCUAAGGAGAGACCAGCUGAUGGCUCUUCUGGGUCGCACAUGAGUACCCGGAAGGACCCUGACGCUGACCCCUGUGCACCCUCUUCAGAGACCUGUCUAACUCUUAGCUCACCCCCAGCUACCACCCAAGCCCCUUUCUGCAUCAACGGGGAGGGAGCUGACAGAAACAGCUACGAGAAAGACGAUGGAGACCCAGAGAUGGGCAUCAUCAGGUCAGGCAAGAGUCCAGACGCCGGCAAACCCUGCCCCAGGAAGCGUCUGUCCCUGAGGCUUUGCAGCAGAGAGCCUGAGGCAGGGAAGGCUGCAGAGAAACCUAAGACCCCCAGCCUUGAGAAGGGGUUCCUGAGAUCCGUGUCUCAAGAGACAGAACCUGAGAGAGACGCAGGACUGCAGAAUCCCAACUUGAACCAGAAAUUCUCCCCAGGGCCCCUCUCUCCCGAAGAAGAAGAUGUGUUUUACAGUGACACCCAAUCAGAUUUCAUGCCAGGCUUCAAAAGUAAGGCCAAGUUCAGCACCAGCUCUUCAGACCAGUCCUUUGCCUCAUUUGAGGAUCAGCAGAAAACGUGGUUCACCGAGAGCCAGCAGGAAGACAGGAGGAAUGACGGAAGUGCGGGAGACAGUCGGAAGGACGAGAAGGAGAAAGCGAUGGGGAGUGAUGAGCUCCAGCACGGUGCCCUGAGUAAUGCACCCGCAUGUGUGCAGGAGCACAGCAAGGGGGAAACAUUGCAAGGAGAAGGGGAAGGUUUGUCUGGAUGUAGACCCAGGGGAGCAUCGGGAGAGGAGGCUAACUUCAGAGGUACUUGGAUGGGGGGAAGUAAGGAUACAGCCAAAGAAUUUACCCCCUCGCCAUCUUCCACUUCAAACAAGCACAUACUGUUUGCGAUUAAAGACAACACCCUCAGGGCCACCCCCGUGAUAAAACCCAUCAUGCUGCCCCUCCUGAGGACCAUGUCAUCAGAGGACUCACUGGGUGGCAGCCACAAAGAGGAUGACUUGCCAAAGCCAGGCUGGGGAGAAGAGGCUGGUCUUGGUGGCUCUGAGAGCAAGGAAAUGGCCAACAUCCCAACCCCCGCUAGCAUGCAGGACACACACUCGAAGCACACAGCCUGGGAGGGCACGGAGCACCAUGGGCGAGUGCCCAGCAUGGCCCAGAUGGAGAUUUCCCAGCCAGUCCCAACCAGAAUUGGCCCAUCUCCUCCACUCAUGGGAGAGGGUGGAGGGCUGAAGCCACCCCCAGAGGAGGCACGUCACCUUGUGGCAAACAAAGGCAAGAACAGUUCCACGGACCAGGGGAAGCUGGAUGCUCCAAGCGGUAUCCCCACCAUCACUUUGCCCCAAGGCGAGGCAGAAGACCAGCCACCCCCACGGCAGCUGGGAAUGUGUUGGGAAGAACACACACAAGAUUUCAAAAGUCACUUAUUGUCUACACCCAGAGCAGGGCCCCCAGGGAGAAGACUGGUGCCCGGGGAGAUGGCUGUUUCUCCUAAUGCCAGCUCCCUGGAUGAGAGCAGCGCGUGCUCUCCUGCCACCAGCAGCAUCUGGGACGAUGCUUCCCAGGCCCCCACUGAGCCGGGCCUGCUGCCAGGGCUGUCUCCUUACCCCAGUCCCUGCACCGGCCUCUACCCUGCCAGGGUCGCCCGGCGGGAGGACCUGACACACGCCCUCACGUGGGAGGCUGGCUCGGACCCCCAACUUGAGCCAUCCGCGGAAGACCUCAGGACCCUUUCUCCAAGAGGUUCAGUGCUGGACAUGGCCAGCAGCUCCGCAGGCCUCCCUGAGAAACCAGAGCCCCCUGCUCCACUCGAGAGGGCGGUCGGCAAGCCACCGGUGGUCCCACCCAAAACAGAGAAGGCCCUGCGGCGGGCAAAAAAGCUGGCAAGCAAGAGGAGAAAGACCGACCAACUGCAAGAGAAGCAUGGUGAACCCGAUGAAGAAAAGCCCUUCCUGGAGGACUGGGAGCGCAGGCCACCAUCGCCUGGAGAGAGGCCCCGACCCAGGUUCCCCGAGGUCCGUUCCGUGCCCCCUCCCACCCACCGCCACUCAGUGUCUGCCUUCUCAGAGCCACUCAGGAGGCAGCCUGGGGGGUCCCAGUCCCUUAUGCCUCUGGUCCCUUACCCUGCCACCCAGAAGGUCCUCCAAGACCCCCAAUCUGGAGAGUACUUUGUCUUCGACCUGCCACUCCAGGUGAAAAUCAAGACCUUCUAUGACCCAGAGACAGGCAAAUAUGUCAAGGUCCCCAUCCCAUCCUCUGAGGGGGGUUCCCCUGAGCCGCCCCCACCAAACACACCUGCUUCUCCCUACAUGCUGUAUCCCCACUUCCGGGCCCUGCCAUUGAUGCCGCUGCGCUGCUCCUCUCAGCUCUCCGCCCCCACCUUCUUCAGGCAGGGCCCACACACCCCCGAGGUGGCCGGCCCGGGGUCCCAGAGGGCCCGUGAGGCUGGCAUGCCAAUGGCACCUCCCCGGCGCUCAGGGGAGGAGCGGGGAGAUGCUCCGCGCCUGGGCAUCAUCUCUACCAAUGACCUAGAGGACUUCGCCACAGAAGGCAUUUCUUGAGAAUUACAGCAGAAUAACUCCCCCUCAAAUAAACCCAGAAGAACUUAUUUCCCCUUUCCCCCAAAUGAUCAGUCACUUAUACACACACACACACACACACACACACACACACACACACACAUCAACAUGUACUUAGCCAUGUGGGAUCCCUAACGUCUCAAAGGAAGUGGGGAUUGAGAAAACCCCACCUGAGGGGCUUCCUGGGGCUCUCCUCCCUGGGAGCGUGCUGUUUGCAUAACCCUUCCUGGAUUCUGGAUCUGCUCCCCUUCCCCCUUUCUUCUCCCCUCCCUUUCUCCCUGUCCUCCUCUGGCCAUGCCAUGGGAGUGAGUCCCGCCUGGUUCCUAAUGGCCACUCUGCUCAGGCACCCCACCUACUUCUUCUCAAGGGCCAACUCCUGCAGUGAGCCUAUUCCCAAGCCCCCAGAAAUGCUGCACUGCACUGAGCCCAGCCCUGCCGGGCAAGCAGACCACCCGGCACAGUCUCUCCAGGUCCAGCAUGGCACAGAGAAGCACCUCCACCCUCGCUCCCAUGCUCUAACCAUUUCCAGCUCACUUCAGGCAGAAAUGGCUAAGGACUGCCCCAAGGCAACUUUGCAGAAAUGCUGAUUUGGAUAGAAUGGGUUUUCUUUACUGAGGAAGAUUUCCUCUGAAGGCUAUUUUCUGAUAAAGAAAAGGCUACCUUUUAAAAAGUGAAACAAG